GACGCAGCGGAGGGACGAGGGAGGCUAGGCCAAGCUGCCAGCGGCGCCUGCUCUCCACGCUCCGGGCCGGCCCCCACAGGUACCAAGAUGCAGCAGCCCCAGGAGGACUUUGACAGGAGGGUGGAGGAGGCGCAGGCAUGGAUGGAGGACGUGCAGGAGCGGCUGAAGAUCAGUGACAACACGCAGGGGCCCCGUGCUGCCCUGGAGGCCAGGCUCCGGGAGACAGAGAAAAUAUGCCAACUGAAGCCCGAGGGGCGCAUGAAGGUGGAGUUGGUGCUAUGCUCAGCCAAAGCCCUCCUGGCGUGCUGCCUUGAAGACCAGAAGCCCGAGAUCCUGGUCCGGCUGAAAGACAUCAAGGCCCAGUGGGAAGAGACGGUCACCUACAUGACUCACUGUCACAGCCGCAUCGAGUGGGUGUGGCUGCACUGGAGCGAAUACCUGUUGGCCCGAGAUGAAUUCUACCGCUGGUUCCAGAAGAUGAUGGUGACCCUGGAGCCCCGCGUGGAGCUGCAGCUGGGCCUGAAGGAGAAGCAGUGGCAGCUGAGCCACGCCCAGGUGCUACUGCACUAUGUGGACAACCAGGCUGUGCUCCUGGACCGGCUGCUGGAGGAGGCGGCCUCCCUGUUCAACAGGAUCGGGGACCCCAGCGUGGACGAAGAUGCCCAGAAGAGGAUGAAGGCUGAGUACGACGCCGUGAAGGUCAAAGCCCAGGACCGAGUGAACCUGCUGCAGGAGGUGACCCAGGAGCAUGCGCAGUACCAGGCGGGCGUGGACGAGUUCCAGCUAUGGCUGCGGGCGGUGGUGGAGAAGGUGAACAGCUGCCUGGGGCGAGCUUGCAAGCUGACCACCCAGCACUGCCUCUCCGCCCUGCAGGACAUCGCCAAAGAGUUUCCCGGGGGCGAGGGGUCCUUGAAGAGGCUGGAGGAGCAGUCCGUGGGGGUCAUCCGGAACACCUCUCCUUUGGGUGCAGAGAAGAUUACCCAAGAGCUGGAGGAGCUGCGGAAAGUCCUGGAGAAGCUGCGAGUCCUCUGUGAGGAGGAAGAGGAGAGACUGCAGAAUGUGCUCAAGUCCAAGGGUGCCUGUGAGCGGCAGAUCAGGCAGCUGGAGGCAGAGCUCGGAGAGUUCCAGAAGAGCCUUCAGAGGCUGGCAGAGGAGGACUUUCAACCUGCAGCAAAGGCAGGGACUGAGGACGAGCUGGUGGCCCGCUGGAGACUCUACUCGGCAACGAGGGAGGUGCUGGCCGCCAAGGAGCCCAGGGUGGACAGGCUGCAGGCCCAGCUGAAGGAGCUCCUCAUCUUCUCCCAGGACUUGCAGCCUCUCUCCGACAGUGUGGUAGCGGCCCUGCAGGAGUACCAGAGCAUGAAGGAGAAGAGCACCAAGCUGCGCAAUGCUGCGGGCGUGGAGCUGUGGCAGCGUUUCCAGCGGCCCCUGCAGGAUCUGCAACUGUGGAGGGCCCUGGCCCAGAGGCUCCUGGAUGUCACCGCCAGCCUGCCAGACCUGCCCUCCAUCCACACCUUCCUGCCCCAGAUUGAGGCGGCCCUGGCAGAAAGCUCCCGCCUGAAGGAGCAGCUGACGAUGCUGCCACUGAAGACAGACGUGCUGAGCAGCGUCUUGGGCCAGGAGCGAGCCACGACCCUCCUGGAGCAGGUGGCGAGCUCCGUGAGGGACCGUGACCUGUUACAUAACAGCCUCCUGCAGAGGAAAAGCAAGCUUCAGAACCUCCUGUCUCAGCACAAAGACUUCGAGGCUGCUUUCGAGCCCCUGCAGAAGAAGCUCUCGGCCCUCCAAGUCAGGGUCCAAGCCGAGCAUGGGCUUCAGCGGGAUCUUCCUGGAAAACAGGCCCAGCUCUCAAGGUUGCAGGGGCUGCAGGAAGAAGGGCUGGACCUGGGGGUACAGAUGGAGGCAGUGAGACCAUUCACUCAGGGGAACCCCAACCACCAGCACAAAAUGGACCAGCUCUCCUCUGACUUCCAGGCUCUGCAGAGGUCCCUGGAGGACCUCGUGGAGCGGAGCCGGCAGAGUGUGCAGGAGCACUGCGCCUUCAGCCAUGAGCUGCUAGAGCUGCGGCACUGGAUCUCCGUACUCACCCAGAAGCUAGAGGCCCACCAGGGUGACGUGGGCCCGUCGGAGGCAGAGGCCCGAGAGGCAGAGGUUGAGAGGCUGGUGGCGGAACUCCCCGAGAAGGAGGCCCAGCUGCCCCUGGUGGAAGCCCACGGCUGCCUGGUGAUGGAGAAGUCUUCUCCUGAGGGGGCUGCUGUGGUCCAGGAGCAGCUGUGGGAGCUGGCCAAGUCGUGGCAGGCCCUGAGGCUGCUGGAGAAACAUCUGCUGAGCCUCAUCAGAAACUGGAAGCUGCAGACAAUGGAAGUGGACUCAGGCAAGAAGACGGUGUUCACCAACAACAUCCCAAAGUCAGGGUUUCUCAUCAACCCUCUGCAGCCCAUUCCCAGGCAUCGUCUGCAGGGAAACUGGCUCCAGGAAGAAGGCGGCCCCGAAGAUUUCUCCCAACUCCUGAGGGACUUUGAGCGGUGGCUGCAGGUGGAAAAUUCCAAGUUGGUUAGAAUCAUUGCCAUGAGAACUGCCACAGCCAAGGACGUGAGGGCCAGGGACAUGAAGCUACAGGAGCUGGAGGCUCGGGUACCAGAAGGGCAGCAUCUCUUUGAGAACCUCCUUCAUCUCGGGCCAGCAAGGGGGACCUCAGAUGAGCUGGAGGACCUACGCUACCGGUGGAUGCUGUACAAGUCCAAACUCAAGGACUCCAGCCAUCUGCUGACACAGAGUUCUCCUGGGGAGCUGACUGGAUUCCAGAAGACUCGAAGGUGGCGAGGACUUCGCACCCUCUUCCGGAAGGUAUGCUGCAUGGCACUCCCCGUGCAGCUGCUGCUGCUCCUCUUCCUGCUCCUGCUCUUCCUGCUUCCAGUUGGGGACCAGGACCGCAGCUGCACGCUGGCCAACAACUUCGCCCGCUCCUUCAAGCUCAUGCUCCACUACGACGGCCCCCCGCCCACCUAGCCCCCUGAGCCACACAGGUCUCUUUCUUCUUCAGCCUCCCGUCAGCCCCAGGGCCCUUGGGAGGAUGCCAGGGAAACUGGAAACAGGGCAGACCAGAGAGCACAGAGCAGCCUCCGUAUAAAUACUGUGUCUGUGUUCCAAGAACAUUACUUUUUAUACAGUAUUGUCUUGGUCUGUUUAUACUAAAAGUGCAUGUAUGUGCGGCUAGGAAUUAAUGUAUAGAAAUUUUAUAUGCUCUGUAUGUAAACGCUCAGUCUGUAUAGUUUCCUAUAUAAUGCAGCUAUUUGUAGUCGGGAAAAUUCCUAGCAGUUUACUCCUCUGAUGGGAUUUUGCAGCAUUUUUGCCUUGGCCUGCAACCCACCCUAGAAAUCGGGAACAAUAACAUGUGACUUUUAUGGCAACCUUUUAUCUGGAACCCAACCUCAAAACCCAGGUGUUGGCAACAAGAUCUCUGAGCUGUCAGCAUAGAGAGGAGAGUGCCACCAGCCCUCACUCAGAUCCCAGUGACUCUUAGUUUAGGCCCAAUCGGAACAAACAUGCUUGUCCAGGUUUGAAGACAAUAGCCAAUUCGAGGCUAUGGAUUCGAAGUAGACAUGGGCAUGACCAGGGCAGGGAUGGUGGCAGCAGUGACAAGUGACAAGUAGGACUGUGGAAUCAAGGGAGGAAGAGAAGAGCUGCAUAAAGCAGACCAAGAACUAUAAUACUCAGCAGAGUGGAGGUUUGAGUGCAGGAGCCCUGGCCCUCUGCCCAGCAGCCUCCGAGCCAGGCCACCAAUGACUGUGGUCAGGACUCCGAGCCUUCUGGAAAGGCUGAGCUAUGCUCCACAUGCUCCAUUAGGGAGACAGGAAGGAGAGCAGCCUCCUAGGGAGAUGUCUGUGCAGAAUGGGGAAGCACAUCGGCACAGCAUCCCCCGAGCCAGUGUCAGGGAGGGACUGGUUUCUGCCGUCCCUGUUGGGCUGAGUGGUCAAGCUGAAGGACAGAGGGAAGCACCUGCCACAUAGGGGUGGAGAUUGAGGGACCAAGGCAGGAUGAGCUCGGCUCUCUCUUCGCCUCCCAGAAGGGACUUUGCAGAGAGGCAGGUCCACCCGGCCAAGAACUCCUCCACAUUCCCCCAUGGGGCGGGCCAGCUGCCCCAAACCAGGGCCUCUCCAGCAUAUGUUGUCCUCCAUGUGCCACCUGGGAAGGGGCUGGGCCAACACCCUCUGGGCCUGGGGGCAGAAACAGGUCUCUUCCUUCCCCAGGGAAUUCUGGGAUCGUUCCAGAAUACUUUAAAACUGGACCACAUUUUCCCUAAACCAACACUAAAUUUUCCCUUUGUAAAAAAAUCCUAAGUGCCCCUCUUUACAAACGGGUUUUGUCUGUUCAGCUACAAACAGGAGACCAAGAAGGAAUUCCCUGGUCCUUGCACUGGACUUUGGAAUCAUGAAGUGUUAGAGACCCAGAAGGUCCUUUAAGGAGAGGGGAACUGAGGACCCAAGAGGGUCCCGAGGCCAUGCCCUCUCCCUAUUGCUCUCUCGCACACCCAGCCCCCAGAAUCUGGGUGCUGACUGGGCAGGGGAGCACUUGGCGCUGACUCUGAAAGCAUUCUUGUCUCCGGCUAUUUGGAAACCAAGCCACCAGGCCUUUCUCUGCCGGCGUUACUGGGAAAUCAGGAGCAGGGGCAGCCAAGCCUGCAGGCCCAGUCCACCAAGCCAGGUGCUCACUGGGCUGGGCUUAUCCCACCCUCGAAGGUCCGAGCUGUGGAAGGGACCUUCGACUGUUCCCGUUCCAUCCUCCCAUUUCACAGGUGGGAGACUUGAGGCCCUGAAGGCCCGGAGAGGGGAAGUAACUUACUCAUGGCCACGUGGUGAGAGGCGGCAGGCCAGAGCUGAAACUGGAUCACCCGGUCCCAGGCGGCGCCCUGCCCACUGUAGCGGCACCCACCCCUUAUCAGUAACUUCAAAAGAAAACGCAGUCUGGCAUCGCUGCCGUGUGUCAUCUGUACCGAGUGCUGGGGAGGAACUGCCAUAUGUGGGGUGGGGAAGUGUCUCUCUGUAUUUUUUUAAACUUUGAUAAUAAUGCCCUAAAUUCUGCUUGUUUCAUAACUGUUUUUUGUUUUUUUUUUACAAAAGAAUUGAUAUUUUCAUUACUUUUAUAUAAAUACAGUUGUGAUAUGAUACAACAGCCUGUUCGCUGGUGCUUUUCAAAUGUAAUCUUCUCUUUUGCUUAAAGUGGAUGCAGACAGCUAUUAUUCUUAUGACUUUAUUUUCUAGCCUCUUUAACAACCACCAUGAAAAGCUUUAAAGUGCCAUUUGAAGAAGGCAUUGCAGGGGAACCUGCAUGGAUGUGUUUUUCCUCUGUCCCAGAGGAAGAGGGGUCUUCUGGGGGGGGAUGUGCCCAUCACUGCCCAGCUGUGCGUGUGUGUGCACACCAGUGGGAGAGAGAGAGAUAGGCAGAGAAAGAUAAGCCAGACAGAUAGGGGAAGACGGGCAGGGAGAAGGG